GGCAGCUUCAAGAAGCUCAAAGAUGGCUGGGCGAGGGGAGUUUCUACCGAGUUUCUUGGAGGGUUUGAGGAGGAACCCCGUCCAGCCGGGUCCUUUUGGGGGUCUGGGAAGACCACAACCAGGUCCGGGAGACAGACAACCGGGUCCCGCUAACGUUAGCAGAGGACGAACGGGCGGGAAGAGGAGGAAGAGACGGCCGAAGGUAGCACCGAGCUGUGUGAGCGGGAACAGCUUCCCUGAACCCAGAACAAAAGCAUGUUUUCCCCAAACAACUUCUCCAUCCAAAGAAAACCUACUGGAAAGACUGCCGUCUGAGAUUCUGCUUAAGAUUCUGUCGUACCUGGACGCCUCCUCGCUGUCCUGCAUCAGCCACGUCAGCAAGCUCUUCCACCAGCUCGCCAACGAUGAUGUCAUAUGGCAUAAGAUUUACAUGUCAGAUUUUGGGAGUCAAGCGUGGAGGCCAAAGUCGGCGGCGGGUGAUGCGUCGCCGAAGGUCGACCCGGUGGAGGUUGAGGAACGGUCGGCGGGCUACUGGAAGAAGAUGUUCUUCAGGACCGUGGCUGGACAGGAUAUGAACAAGUGGAGGAAAGAGAUGAGAGACGUCAGCCCAUACACCGGUUUACCCAGGCUGACGGAGUGGGUCCUCAGGAACCUGAAUGUGAGCUGGGAGCUGACGGUGUGUGGUUAUUCGGGGCAGGAGAUGACGAUGGAGCAGAGCCGAGCGUACUUCUUCGAGACCUCCGUGAUCGUCCAGUGGAGUGGAGGACGCUUCCCCGACUACCAUCAGAUCAGAAACAUCCAGCUGUACGGAGUCAGGAAGGAGACACCGACGGGCCCCAAAGCCAGGAUGCCUGGCUGGCGCUCUCUGAUCUUAAAGCUGGACAUGAAGACUCACUACGGCUGUUUUAUUGGUAAAGACAGCCUCGUCACUGUGAGGCAACUACAGCCCGGCUUCAUCAUAGGAACCUGGAGGGGGGAGAACAGUGUCGCCUUCAUCAUGGUCACUCUGCACUUCCACAAGCUGGUGGAGAAGAGUCUGCUGGGAUCUCCAGUGUGCCCGUACUCUGAGCCGGUGGACCUUUGUCCUGUGGAUAAAUCGGACCCUGAGUUCGGUCUGCACGGCUACUCUCUGCACUUUGUCCUGCACAACACUGGCACUGAGAUCAUGUCGGGACACUUCCGCCAGCUGUCCUGUCGCAAAGUUCAGAUCCAGAACAAACUGGUGGAGCUGAGGGUCAUCAACAGGACCGACUUGUCCCAGCACAGAUCGCUGUCGGGGAGCAUCAAGCUGCCCUGGAAGAGCGAGGCGCUGGAGGGCUCAGUUGAGAUUAGUGGCUGCAUCCUCCUCGGCGUCGCCAUCUACCUGAAAGUCAGCAAGGAUGGAAACAAGAUCACCGAUGAAGCGAUUCCCGGGAUCGACCUGAUGAUCGCCAUCGGGGUGAUCAUCAUGGUGUUGGGCUUCCUGGGCUGCUGUGGAGCCAUCAGAGAGAACCGCUGCUUGCUGCUGCUGUUCUUCAUCAGCCUCCUCGUCAUCUUCAUCCUCCUGCUGGCAUUGGGCAUCCUGGGAGCCGUGGAUCAGAAGAAGGUGAAGGACUGGGUGAAGGAGCGUCUGGAAAAGUUCACGCCACUGGUAUCACAACCAGAAGAUGUGAAGAAAGACCUGAAGGCUCUGCAGAAGGAGCUGAAGUGUUGUGGUCUCGUGAACGGAGCGUCAGACUGGGGUCCGACGUCUCCCGAGUCGUGUCGCUGCAACGCCACCGAGACAAACUGUGGGCCGUCGGCCAUUUACACCACGCCCUGCUCCACCCAGGUCAUCAAGCUGAUGGAGAAAAACAUGGAGGUGGUGCUGGGAAUCGCCUUCGCCAUCGCCAUCCUGCUGAUUUUCGGCAUGGUCUUUUCCAUGAUUCUCUACUGUCAAAUCGGCAAGAAAGAGCCCGUCACUACUGCCUAAACACACACAUGGCCACGCCCCUCACUGCCUGACAACUGCCAAUCAGCAGUGCCCAAAUAACCCAUGUAACCUUUGUGCUACUGUAACUUAACCUGUGCUUUUACUGUGGAGGAACACGCUGAUAUUUUGGUUGUCAUUUCAUGCCAUUAAUACAGUAAAUACACAGCCUGGCAUGUACUGUAUGGAAUCUCAAUAGUGACAACAACUCUCCAUGUGUAACAAUUAACCAAUAAUAUAAUUAGGAAUAUAUUAACUCUCCUGUUAAUUUAAUGAAUAAAAUCUUUUUUUAAACAAAUGG